GGAGCAUGGCGGAUGCAUUCCUCAUUGGUAAGGAUGCUCAUUCUGUGCUGAAGCGUGUCCCUCGAGCCAAUGGCUUUCUGGAGGAGUUGAGACAGGGGAACAUUGAGAGGGAGUGUGGUGAGGAGAGCUGCAGCUUUGAAGAGGCCAAUGAAGUCUUUGAGAACAAAGAGAGAACGAUGGAGUUUUGGAAAACUCGCAGCAUCUACUCAGUGAGCAGCAGCAGCGAGGGGCACUCAGAGCGUGCUGAUACUGUCUACAUGGUGGUUCCUCUGCUGGGCGUGGCCCUGCUCAUCAUCAUUGUCCUCUUCCUCCUUUGGAGGUGCCAGCUUCAGAAAGCUACUCGUCGACGGCCUGCCUAUACCCAGAACCCAUUUUUGGCCAACAACCGCAGCGCCCGUAGCCUGCCACACAUUCUGGUUCACCGGGAAACAACAGUGCACACCGAAAGCUUGCACCAGGAGUCUAGCUCAUGUACAAAUGUGGUAGUGAGUGGUUCUGAUAGAGGAGGAGGUUCCCAGGCAGACUCCUGUGUUCCCCACCAGCAGAAUGCUCUUUCCCUCUAUGUCCAGGACUCUUCCCUGUCGGUAGCCUCACAGCUGUCCGGUGCCACACCACCUCCAUCUUAUGAAGAGGUGACAGGACAGCUGGAAAGUAGUGGUGAUGAGACCUCAGCACCUUCAUACAGUGACCCCCCACCCAAAUAUGAGGAGAUCAUAAAGGAAAAAUGAAACAGACAAAAAUAAUGCUGCUAUGGCUGUUGCUAUGCCGCUCAGUCUGAAGGACGUCACAGCUGGCAAAAAAUCGGUUUCUGCCUCAGUUGGUGCUGCAGGGUGCAGGUUGCUUAAACCCAUAUAUUUUUCGACACAGUAUAACACCUUUGUUUCACUCAUGGCUGCAUUGUCAAGCCAGCCAGCCCAGUGAGUGUGUGUGACACCCAGGAUUAUUGUUCAUAGUUUACCCUAAACAUCUUGUUAGAUACUUAAUUUCUUUGAUCUCCAUUUUGCUUUGGCAAACUUUGAAUGGCAUACUUUGUCCCUGGUGCAGCCACAGCAGGGACUGAAUGUACAACAAGGUGCUGGAGAGGAUUUGGCAAGCAGGAUGCUCACUAAAAGCAGGCAGGCUUUUGUGCACAACACAGGGUAGCACUCCGGUAUUGAAGUGCCAAGCCACAGCUGGGCUUUUACACUUGCUGGACAGUUACUAUGACUGCAAGGUUUUCUUGCCAACAGGCUGGUGCUGUGUCUUAUCUGUCGGUGUACAUAUAGGAUCACUCCUUAAACGGCACAUACAUAGUCAAGAGUGGAAGCGUUGGGAUGCUGAGCCAAAGAUUUUGUUUAGUUGGGUGUUCUCAUGGUUCAUUGUUGUUUUAGAUUGAAAAGCAGUUUGAAAACCUCAACUUUAAAGGAACGACCCAUAAUCAACAGCCAAAUGGACAAACUUCAGAUAAGGUUUUUGGACCACCUCCAUACACCAGCUGUACACCACAUACACCACUUACUGUACUGCAUUUAUGUUGGGACUGCAAACUCUCACAGCCAGACAGAUUUUCCUCAUGGGCUGUGUGGAUGGUCAUUUAGCUUGAAACAACAUUUUAUUAUUAAAAAAAAUACUAAUACUUCUGGAAAAAAACA